UCAGAAUAAGUUUCCACCUCCGACAGAACACAACAAGCUUUGACAUGACAUGAAAAUAACACAUUUGUUUUACAUCUCUUCUUAGGAUUCCAGAAACCCUUCAGAGUCGUCUGGCAUACUUUCACCUUUUUCGAUGUUGAAAAACUGAUUUAGAACCAAAAUAAUGAAUAGCAUUUUAUGUUUUCGGCUUGAAAUUAAGGUGUUACAAUCUUAAAAGUACAAAGCCAUAAAGCGGAGAUCAAGUCGGACUAAGCUUUCCAAAAUGAACCCCAACACCUCUACAGUCCUACACAGUCAGUACUUGACUUUCCAGUACUAUCUUUUCCCAUCGGUGUACAUCCCCGUGUUGAUUUUCGGACUAAUUGGAAAUCUGGGAGCUUUGUAUUACUUCAUAUUUAAAAUCAAACAGAGGUCUCCUUCCAACGUCUACAUCGUGAACCUCGCCGUGGCCGAUACGCUUUUCCUGUGCACCUUGCCGUUUCGUAUCCACUACCAUGUGAACGAAAGCAACUGGGUGUUUGGAGACGCCAUGUGCCUCAUCACCGGCACGCUCUACUUCGCCAACAUCUACAUCAGCAUCACAUUCAUGACCUGCAUCUGCGUGGACCGCUACAUCGCCACCUUGCACCCUCAUACCUACCUGCAGCUUCGCAACAAGGGUGUUGCCACGAUGGUGAGCACCGGUGUUUGGUCGAUCUCUGGGGCCGCAAUGUUGGCAUUUAUGUUAAACUGUCCUGGGCGGACUAAUAAGGUAACAUGUUUUGAGGACCUCUCUUCGGAAGAUUGGAGCACUUUGGCACCCUUCACUGCAUGCUGUAUUAUUUUUGGGUAUCUCUUGCCUUAUGUGGUCAUAUUGGUGUGUUACCCCAUCGUGGCACGUAGGAUCAGUCGAAUUAACAAUAAUACGGCCCGUGGGGCACGGAGGAUCAUCUUCGCAAUCUUGGCCAUCACGGUUGUUUGUUUUCUACCAUAUCACAUCGUGAAUUUAGUUUAUCUCUUGUCACGCAUGAGAUUGAUCGCCGUUGAUGUUUGGAUCCCUCGGAGAGUGACCAUGGCUCUGGUCAGUCUAAACAGCCUACUGGACCCGGUGUUGUACUACUUUGCUACCGGUCACUACAAGUGGAGGAUGAAAAGAUUGAGGUUUAGGAAGAAAAAGGGGGUGUAUUCAAUAUCCAAAGAUUUUUGAGAUGGCGGAUUGACCGAAAGCAGGUGUAAAUCUUGGCAUUUUUUGUCUGUAAAACUGAAAAUAAGCAAGCACAUUCAAUUCUGUGUACUAAUUUAGAAGAAUAAAUAAAGGGUUUUCAAUGGUCCGCACUUUUAGAAAAAGUGGUCAAAAUAUGGUAACGUUACACUGUAAAAAGAUUUGUUGGUUCAACUUAAAAAAAGAAGUUAUCUGGUUGUCUUAACAUUUUUAGUUACUUCAACUUAAAAAAAAAUUAACUAAAAAAAGAAUAUCAACAAUUUUUUUUAAAGUUGAAUUAACUAAAAAGUAAUGCAACCAGGUAACUUACUUUAUUUAAUUGAACAAACUGUUUUCCAUACAGUGAGAUAUUUACUCACUUGGUAACAAAAUGUACCUCUGCACUGCAAAAAAAUUAAAACAAUUUGGGUUUUACGGAGCCCCUUAGGGAGCAAAAAUUAAAUAAAGUUUAGCUUCGCGAGCGCACGUAAAAAAAAAAACGUGUGCGCGCGUGAAAUAAUCGGGUCUAGUUUCGCGUGUGCAUGUGAAGAUAUCGCAUGCAACAAAUGAAAACAAUUAGGUUUUUACAGAGGCCCUAAGGGAGCAAAAAUUAAAUAAAGUUUAGUUUCGCGUGCGCACGUAAAAAAACGUGUGCGUGCGUGAAAUAAUCAUGUUUAGUUUCGCGUGCAUACGUGAAGAUAUCACAUGCUAGCGUGAACCUAUCGUAUGGGCGCGUGAAAUUAUCGGGUUUAGUUUUGCAGGCGCACAUGAAAGCGAAAGCGUGAGCACGCGAAACUAAACUUUAAAAAAAUUUUGCACAUGAAGGUUUCACGUGAGCACACGAAACUAAACAUUAGAUCUUUUUACUUCAAUGUCACCU